CCCUAGCGGCAGCGCUCCAGAAGGCAGCUUUACAAAUGAAAGGGGUGGUUGCAGCGUUCAGCACCACGGCAGCGGACAGCCCCUCCCGGGCACCCCGGCGGAGGCAGAGGCGUCCCGGAGGGGGGUUGCAGCCUGAGGUACCAGGCGCAGCUGGGGUGGGGGGAGAGGCUCUAGGCAGAGCGUUAUCCGCCAGCUCCAGCCUCCUCUGAGGAUCUGCCCCCCACCGCCCCCCCAACCUGCUGCAGCAUGGCUCGGGAGAGCCCUGGUCCUGCCUCUGGAAGAUGCAAAAAAGCACCCAGCGGGGCAGGCGGAUCUCUCUCGACAGAGGCAGAACUGUAGCAUCCUUUGGGGACCGCAGGAGCGAGAAGGGACGGCGGGGCAGCGCCCCCCAGCCCUCUCGCCCAGCAGCAGCAAAGAAAUCGGGGCAGGGUGCUCAGAGUGGCUUAGCCCGGGCAAAGUUUCCCGGGCGGUGUGGGGGCGCAGCUAGGCAGGCGAGAGCCCCACGCGUGGGAAGGAUCUGCGGUGGGUGUGCUGCUCGCGGGCGGCUGGUCCCUGGGGCUUCCCCGCAGCUCCUCUGCUCCAGCCUGGCACUUCUGUUCAGUUGCUUAACCCAGAGGACGCGGUGGGGGGGGGAGGAUCCUGCUGCCUCUUGCCAGCCCUGAGUUCCCACUCAAGCCCAGGAAAUUCAAGGCAGCGCAAGCCCAGCGAUCAUCUCACCAAUGCCAUGUGUGCUCAGUAAAGUGCGAGAUCCCCUGGGAGACUUGUAUCAACAUGUUCAGCGAAAAAAGCAGCACCUCUUUGUCCCAGAAACCUAGCCAGAGAAAGACCAGGCCCCAGGGGCUCCCAUCCCCUGCUCUCUGCUGCGCCUGCGGACUUUGCAUCAUGCUUGCCGGGAUCAACAUCACCCUGGUGGGAGCGUUCGCUUUUGGGACUUUCCUCCCUGUGAACAACCCCCCUAUCAUCAUUGGACCCAUCCUGCUGGUGGUUGCUUUCACGUUUUUCGGGGCCUGCUGCAUCUGUAGCCGGAGACCACCUGCCCAUGGGUCGAGAAAAUCCAAGCCAGGUUCCAACAUCGGGCUCAUCAAACCCGGCAACACGACCUUCGAGAUAGAAACCAGCGAGCACACGGUUCAGGACACCACCGCUGUGCAGUUGAGCCCAACCAACUCGCCUGUUUCCUCCAGAAAGUCCACGCCCGUCCAUGAGAACUCCAAGACCUGCAAACUCUUCACAAUGGAUGGCAACGGGCCGGCGGCAAAAUACACAGCAGGAGGGGAGUCAAUUCAGCUGAACUUGCCCAGAGAGCUUAUGACAUCCUAAGUCAAGUCAGAGUGGUUAUUAGCAGCCAGGUGGGCACCACAGUUGGGCAUGCCAUGAUCAGAUGGAUACAGCCGUUAGGAAGCAGCAAGCCUAUGAAAUCCUUUUGUGUGGCCAACUGAUAUGCUGACAUCUUAAAAACCAGUUAAGAAAGGAAAGGGAUGACAUGGUAAUUGGAAACGGUGGUGAGAAAUUCCAGCUUUUUUCUGGAAUGGGCGCAUUAAUUAAUGUGAUUAGAAACAAUGUUGUAACGAGGAAACGAUGUGGCCCAGCUACUGGGAAAUUAGAGAUCUUCUUUUGGAAUUAAUUCAUUUCUUUAGUGCAACUUUUAAAAAAAAGUAAAGUCAUGAUUAGAAUUCAGUGCCACAGAGUGCUAACAAAUUACAGGUCUCUCUUUUUGGAAGGGAUGCAGUUAUUUAAUGUAAUAAAAAUGACCAGUGCAGUAAUUAGAUAUUGAUACCACCUAGUUGCUGGGAAAUUACAGAUCUUUGAGACGAGGCUUUUGGGGGUUUGAGGAAGAAUAAAUUUACUUUAAUGCAAUUAAAGUGCAACACAAAAAUGUAACUUCCACUUUUUAUCCUGUCUCAACCUUUCCUUUCUUUUUUGACUUCCACUCUAACUCUAGCAGCCAGCAGAUGUCAAGUGUAGCGGGUAGCGUCAGCCGUCUUUCCUCCUGCAUAAUUUAGAUUCUGCUCUGAGUCCUGCUGUCUAACACGCCACAUUGCUUGAAAGGUCAGCUGUGCUUCAGUAUUUAGAGGCUGCAGGUGAUUGGUUUAGCCAGGCCUUGCGAUGGGUGGAGAGUAUCAGAAGGGGAAACCCAUAGACCUACUGGAAAAGGAAUUGGAGUCAUGUGGAAAGAGGUUCCACUGAGCAACAGAAAUGGAGCGAGAUAAGAUGAUGCACGUGAACCCCCUUUGAGGGGAACUUUGGACCUGGAUUGGACAUGUCUACUUAGAGUCAGCGUUUAUUCGGGAAUGAAAAUAACCAUAAUGUCGUUAUUGUUAAAGCUGGUGGGGAAUUUUUCAGUGCAUUGGUUUCAGUGAAAAUUUCUUAAGGAAGGUUUCUCAGGUCCAGGAUGGAAUUUCUGGUGAGGGAGAGACCAGAAUAGCCCUCACCUGGGAUGUUGGGGAACCAAGUGCAAGUCCCUGAUUUGGAGCAGGGAUUCGACACUGCAUUUCCCACCUCCCAGGCAGGUGCCCUGACCACCAGGUUACUGGUUAUUCCAUGGGCUCUGUCUGGCUUGUGGUUUCUCCAGCCAGCCCUACUUGCCAGAAGACAGGCCAACUGAUCUAGAAGAUGACCAAAGGGAUCUGCAUCUCCUCUCUUUGAAUGACUGUAAAUCCCACUGACAUUGAUAUGAGCUGUGUGUGUACAGUAAGAGGAGAAUAUGUUCCCUUAAUAAGGGCACCAUGGUUCCCUGUGUUGUAAGGCAUUGGGAGGGUGGAAGGGAUAUUUGCUGGAGAGGACCCUGAAUCUAUGGAAGGGAGGAAGUGGUGUCCAUGCUGCCUGCUGCUGUGUUUGAAAGGUUUCCAUCUGACUCUGGAUGCUCAGGACUUCCUGGAUUUGGGAAUAGGAUGGAUCUUGUAGCAGGUAGAAAAACAUUGCUGGGGAGCAGCUGCUGAAUGCAGCCUGCUUCCUUCUGACACACAAUUCAAUGGAAGGUAAUGCCACGGUGAGCAGCAUUAAUCUGGGCUCCUUGCACUCCACUUUUCUUGGAGGUGAGCAGAGCACGGUGCAGCAGAGGAUGACAGAGCUGUACUCUAGAAAUGAAGGGUCUGCAGGAUGUUUUAGAGGUGGGGGUUGUAGCUCCUUUUGCUCACUGACAGUAUUGCCAACCCAAAAUGUUCAAAAAUCAGGAGUCACAUCUGCUCCAAAUCACGAGAGUGGCUCAGACAGCAUGAGAUUAUUUUAACAAAUAAUUAAUGUUGGAUUCUGUUUAAUCACCUUCUGGGCUUUAAGCCUUUGAGAGACAUGUUCUCAAGUUUUUUUUUUUUUUUUUGCCAUAACCAAGAGAAAGAGACAGACUUUUUUUUUUAAAAAGAAAGCUGAGAUUCUCACAUAUUCACAUGACUCCAGGAGCUGGGACUUUCAGAAAAACAUCAAAUAGUAUGAGACAGAUAUUACUAUCUUGAGAGUUGACAACAUUGCAUUAAUGUCCAGGUUCCAUGGGAUUUUGAGCUUGCCAGAUCUCCCUCCUAAGGGAAGCAUUUCAUGUAAUCUCUGAGAGUUUUCUAAGACCUCCUUUCUCAGUGAGGGAUAGUGAUGUGUCUUGUCUUUUGCUCUUUACACAACAUACUUAAUAUGGAAAGACACAGGCCAAAUAACUGCAUUUACUAUGUUAGAGUGAGUCAGGAAACGGGUUUUUCCAUGAACAUUUUCAAGUUUUCAAAAAAAAAAUUCUGUCCUGAAAUGGGACAAAAAGUAAAAAUCUCAGCCAUUUUCACAAUCUGAACCCUUCCCACCCCCCAACAACUGGUUGGAUCAAUCAAAAUAUUUCAUUUAGAUUGUGAUCAUUUUUAUACUUCCAAAAUAAUAAUAAUUAGCUUAAAAUUUGAUACAAAAAGUCAUUUUGAAUGGGAAAACCGGAAUCGUUUUUCUUUAGGAAAUGCCGAAAUGAAAGCUUGCAACAAUUUCAAACCUUUAUUUAAAAAAAAUCAAGUUGAAAAAUUUGUCAAAACCAACCACUGCCCAUGAAAAUUUUAAAUUUUGAUGCAUCGGCAUUUUCCUAUGGAAAAAACGUUCCCUGAAAAAUUCACAGCCAGCUCCACUGAACAUAAGAACGGCCAUACGGGGUCAGACCAAGGGUCCAUCUAGCUCAGCGUCCUGUCUCCCGACAGUGGCCAAUGCCAGGUGCCCCAGAGGGAGUGAACAGAACAGGGAAUCACCAAGUGAUCCAACGUAUAUAACAUGUCAGGCCUAGCCACAUACCUAUGCUGUGGCAGAGGUCUGGUAGCUUCAGAAAUAUGGAAGACAAUGAGGGCUCAAUAAUUACUUAAAGGACCACUAUCCUGUUCCUACUCUAUUAGUAUCAUAGAAAUGUAGGGCUAGAAGGGACCUCAAAGGUCAUCGAGUCCAGCGCUCAGGCAUGGACCUGGGGCUUUAAGAUCAGUGGCCUUGGAGGAGCAUUUGCUGCUGUAGUUUUAAUUGAGGAGCAAAUCUAGCAUUAUGGCAUCUGCACAUUUAUGGGACUAUCACAGAGGCCAGAGCUUUUCCAACACCACCCCUGCACCCCCUUCCCUUUUAUUUCCUCUGUUUCUCUUUAAGCUCAUUGUUACAUUCUCCUGCCUUCUCAAUCUAGUUUCUCUUCUCCGGGACCUUAUUUUGAAACGUGUCGCGUUGCUCCAAAGAGGGAAGAACCCAUAUGUCCAUCACUUAGAUGAUUGAAGUCUUCAUCUCCCAUGUUGGCCCCGCAAAGCCAGCUUCAUUUGCUGCGUGUCAGACCAUCCCAUCCUCAAAUUAUUUCUGGCUCUCCCUGCAGAGCCUCACUUUCGGCCUGUUACAUGGCUAGCAACCCAGCUGCAAUUUGCACCCUCCUUUGUCCUCCUCUGGUUGCAUCAAUUACUGGUGGCUUUCCUGGUGUUUUAUUGUGCAGUCAUGCCAAUCCCCAGUGCCACUAAAAUAUGGGUGCUAUUCAGUGCUGUUAAUUCAGCUAAGAGAGGAUUUUCAGGUCACAGGUGGAGCUGAAUCCAUUUCCCUUUGUACACCUAGGCAAAGGAAGCUGUGCCAGUGGUCCCCCCGGGACACGGUCCUGCUCAGAACAGCAAGCCAAGAAAACCAAGGUGACAAGAAAUGUACCAUGCUGUGCCAUGCAGCCAGCUAUUAGCGCUGCAAACUAGCUCUUCCAGAUGACGGGGCCGUGCCGAGGGGCCGCCGGUCCCCCAAUGUUGUGCACAGCACACACCAGUAGGGGGCAGCGCAAGUUGCAGCCAUGGGAUUCCAAGAGGGCUGCCUACGUUGCAUUUCGCAAGCCAGCAGCCAGCAGGGAAGCCGUUUUCAACAGGUGCCCGUCCAGCCUCAUCCAAAGCCCAUCGUGCUCAAUGCAAGGCCCCCUCCACACACGUCAAUGGAUCAGGCUUUUCAUGAGCAGGAGGUAGAGUAAGGAGGGAAGGGGAGAGAGAGCAAAGGGGAAGAGAGCGCCCUCUACUGGUGAAAUUGACUGUAACCGCUGCAUGUGAGUUACAGGUGCCAUGUAGUGGUUCCACUUACAGCCCAUGCUGCGAUCGUGGGGAGGAACAUGCACGUGUCCCACGCACCCCCUCAGAGCUGCCGCUGAGUACCCCAGCACAGCGUGUUGCUGUCAGGGUUGGAAUGUGUCAGUCGGAUUCCUUAGUCUGUGCUAACUCCCAUGGGAUCUGCAGUCCCGCCACCCCUAUUCUCCUGGGCAUUGGUUUGGUUGGCCUGGGCUGGGGAACGCCAGCCUUCGAAGUGUUAAGGUGAGCACAGUGCACUUUUCUCUCGUAAAACCGAUCAGCCCUGGGAACAGACCCAUUUGUGUUUUUCCUGCCAUCGCUCUUUUCUCUAGAGGGGACGGGCAGCAGCCUAGGUGGGUCCCUCACUUCACGGGAUUUUCAGAGGAAGUCAGCACCUAUGUAACUUCAAGAGUUGUUAGGCAGAAGAGAAAGGAAGUAUUUGGGGCCCGAUUGAAAGCACACUGAAGCCACUGGAAAGACUCCCGUGGAGUUAAUGAGUGUUGAAUCGGGACCUUGGUGAACAUUGAUUUGGAGGUCUUUCUAAGAGCAGGGAUGAGAUUGGAGGGAGCCACUUCCUAUCAUUUCUUGUUCAUUGGAUUAUUAAUAGGCAUGUGCCAAUUGUCAUGAAUGGACCCCAGCACUUUACAGAACAAAGAAUAAAACACAGUCCUGGUCCCAAAGAGUUUUGACUAGGAUUUUCAGCCAAUGACAGUUGGGCGUCAUUCAGCGGUAGGCGUGAACUGAAGAACUGGAUGUCAACCAUAUCAAGGCAUAAUUCCAUUGCAGUUUAAUUUAGACCGUACUGACUCUUGGCAGAUUACUCCUCCCCCUGCAGCAAUUAGCUGCAUGCGGAAUUCAAAAUAGAUCCGUUUUCCAUGUGAAUGGAUUAACUAAGCAAGAUUACAGCAGGGCUGACGGAAGGAGACAAAGCAAACAGAUUAGCAGGUGCAAAGCAUGGAACUUUCUUUAUCUGGUGUCAAGCACGGACAGGCCCAUCCAGUCACCAUCAUAAGGUUGGUAGGGCAUGAUACAUGGGGUGGGUGCUGAUAGCAGUGGAAACGGGGACAAAUUCAUAGGCCUCUGAUAGAGACCCAAGGGAGGCCAUUGAGUCAAUAGAAGCCACAUGAGUUUCAAUAGCUUUGGAUAUACAGAAAAGCCUAGCGUGCUGGAAAUACUAUGCUGCUUUCGUUUAGCCUGGCCACUGACUUAGCACUUGGACUGCAGUUGGCUCUGGAAUAAUUCCAACACCAGGGUCCGCAUAACUACCGUCCAACAAUAGUCUUGCUAUAGCAACUGCCCUUAUAGCAGGCUGUUGCAGAUGGGAAGGGAUGGUCCAGAGGUCAGGACCCUAAUGUGGCACUUGGAAGACCUGGGCUCAAUUUCCUGCUCUGCCACAGACUUCCUGUGUGACCUUGGGCAAGUCAUGUAGCUUGUCUGUGUCUCAGUUCCCCAUCUGUACAGUAAGGACGAUAGAUCUUUCCCAAAGCACAGGGGUGUGUAAGGACAAAUACAUUAAAGAUGGAAAGGUGCUCAGCUGCUACAGGGAUGGGGGCCAGAUAAAGCACCCAAGAUAGAAAGCUGGGUGGAUCCAAACACUCCUGAGCUCUGGGAAUGUUUGAAUCUGCAUGUGGCUUUGUGGCUCAGGCCUAGCGCCAUAUGAUAUAUUUUGGAGUUAACGUCCUUGGUAAGAUCUCAGACAUCCAGUUGAUUGUAUUUAAUAUCUCUACAGCAAAUUCCCCUUUGGCACAUGAGAUCUGAUAGUCUGGGCUAAAAAUUUCCAUCAGUUUUGGUUGCAGUUCUGUUGAUACAUUUAAUAAGGCAAAAUAUCCAUCUGCAAUUGAUUGGAUCCCAAACACCAAGCUACCAAGUCUUCUUGGAACAUCACCCCAUGGCCUAAAUGUAUUUCAUGGGGUUGUCUUGUUGUUCAGAUCAACGCAGUUAUUGGGAUUGUUUGCCCCAGAUACUUGGGGCAGACAAAUUACAAUGUCAACCAGUAUAUUAUACUUCUCCCUCUUCCCGUUUUCAAAAAAUGAAUAAUCUCAUUGGAGGGUGUAUUUCGGAUCAAGAUCAGCGUUGUGAAAUGUAUCAUACAAGGUGUCACGGGCAAUAAAGUGGAAGCCGGUUAGGGCCUGCUACUAAUCCCAUAGAAGCGAGUGGCAAAACUCUCAUGGACGUCAAUAGGAGCAUGAGCAGCUUAGUGUUUUCUUAUUUGUCCAUAUUGCGGUAGUGCCUAGAAGCCAAGAAUCAGGGUCCCAUUGUGCUCGGAGCUGUACACACAUGUAAUGCAGAGAUGGUCCCUGCCCCAUGGUAAAGUUAACUUUACAAUCUAGGUACAAGACAAAAGGCAAAUGCAACAAACAGCAUGGGGAGGGGGACAAGGGAACAGUGAGACAAUGGUGUCCCUAGUCUCUGUUUGCCAGAAGCUGGGAAUGGGUGACAGGAGAUGGAUCACCUGGUGAUUACCUGUUCUGUUCAUUCCCUCUGGGGCACCUGGCCCUGGCCACUGGCGGAAAACAUUGGGUUUGAUGGACCGUUGGUCUGUCCCAAUAUAGCCGUUCUUAUGUUAUGUUCUAAUGGUACCUUCAUGCUGAGGGCCCAUAUGUUUCUGACCCAAUGACCUGUCGUUAUCUAGCUGCUGCACUCUGUAGUGAGCUGUGACAUUGUUUGUGUAGACAUGUUGUUUGUGGGGUUGGGGUAGAGGGAGGGACAUCGCUGCUAUGUUCUUCUGAAGCAUUUAAUGUCCUGCUUAUCUGCUGUCCACGUCCAUCUGUCUGCCUCCGUGAUGGGCUGUGAAUAAAUCAUUUGUAAAUCUGAGCAUCCUUCUUGCACUGCAGAAGACAAGGAGAUUUUUUGUGUGAUUCCAGAUGGACUUGCUGAUGUGAAGGUUGAUUUUUUUUUUAUUAUUUAUAUGUACGUGAAAUGUGGAAUCUGGAAAAGAGAGGCACAUUAAAAUAUGGAUGAUUGCUCUUU